AAUUAAUUGCGAACCGUGUCUCGGGAGCCUUAGAGAUGGAGACUGACGUGUUCCAAGGGAGAUUGCGGCUCCACUUUCACCCUGGUACUGAGCGGUUGAGCACAAAAUUGGAACGCAGUCGCGGGGUAUAUCCCCCUGAAAAGCGUACUUUGCCGAAUAAUGAUUUCUUUGGAUUAGAGAACUACAACUCCCCUGGGUCCUGAGCCGGUAUUUCCCUUUUGCGGCUGCACAGUAGUUAAAAACAAAGCUAAGUGUUCUGGGACGUAUAGUUCUAGCGUUCCUUGGGUCCCGCUGGCGAGCGUGGGCUUUCUGCAGAGCGCAACCGGCCUCGUGUGCUUUGUGGACGGUUCACCGCGCUUGGAAAGGGGUGAGUCGCAGUCUUGAGGGACAGCAAGUGGUGAGAGUGAAGGCAGGAGGAAUGCUUAGUCCCACGGGACGAAAGGAAGCAGUGAUGAAGUGGGACACUUGAGAAGGGGCUCAGGACUUUGGAGGUGGUGGAACAGAAGAGCUUGGGGCUUCCCCUCCUUCGACUCCUGCCAGAUAAGUGAGGCUAGCAGUGGUCAAGAAAGCUCAUUAAGUAGAAUUUCAUAAGACGUAGGUCGAGUUUGGCUUUUAGUUGUGCCUGCCGCCUAUCGAACUCAAUUCAUUAUCGUCAUCCGUUAAGUGGACAGCUGACGUUUCCCUGAUCUUUUAUAAAACAUGAGAAUAAGUAUCUUUGGGAAAUCUUUCUAUUUUCAUUAAUCUGUAACUUAUAUCCCAAGUAGAAACUUUCCCUGAAGGGGCAGCUUGUAGUUGUUUACUAGUUUCCUGCUAGCCCUCCCACCACCAUCCACUCUGAUAGCUGUGCUAAGUUCCUUCAUAUAAAAGUUCUGGAGCCAUCACUAUUUUCUCCUGUGAAGGACACAAGCUGUAGUCGUUUCGCUGGGAGAGGCUCCCAUCUGCCUUUCUCUGUAAUAAUGGAGAGAACACCAUAGUGAAAGGGUUAAAACUCAGCAAACUGCUGAAGAGUGACAAGCCCUGUCACUUAACUGUGAAGUUGCUUGUUAGAUUCUGUCUGUCUUACAAAGGGAGACGUGUUGUUGAGCUGAUUGUCGUAGACAGUUUUUAUUCUCACUUAUCUGUGUCUCCUUUGAAAAUGGAACUUGAAAUUCUACCCUUCUCAGUUUUCUCUUUUUAAUUUGAAAAACAGCCAACAUCCCCUGUGAAUUGCAGUAAAGGAACAAAGCAUUAAAAGGCAUAUCCUUUUCCCAACAAAAGCUCACAGUCUAUUCAGUAAAGUAUUUAUUGAGCAACUAUGCCAGGUUUUGAGCUGAGGCUGAGCCUGCAAAGUUGAAAUCUGUGUUCUCUGACCUCAAGGAACAUGAAGGAAUAAUUAGAAUAUAAUAACAGUGUGCUAAUAGGUACAAAAUGUGAGAGCCCAGAACAUGCAUAUAAAGCAAACAUAUUUGUAAACUUCAGGGAAGACUGGGAAAUGAUUUAAUAAAAAUAGAUACAAUGUUAUGGCAGAUAUUUAAAAAGAUGCUCAGAUAUUAUGUGUUAAGGAUCAUCAGCAAUCAGCAAAUCAUUAAUUUUGAGAACUUGGGAUCACAGACUCUAAUGUUAAGUAUUGUGCUAGAAGCCAUGUAUAGAGAAGUAAAAGUAAGAUGAUCAUACGUUUAAAAUCUCAAAAUAAGCUUACACAGACAAAUAAGAAUGUUCCUAAGAGGUCAGUGAGACCAAAUAUUUGAUAUCAGAUCCUUUCCAACAAUAUAGAGGCAUCUUAUUUGUAGAUAUAAAUUACAGUUUUCAUUCCUUGUGAGCCUAAAUUUCAGCAUCAAAAUGUUAAAAGUGAUAUGUGAAUACAGAUAUCACAGUGUAAACCAUGAUUAAUUUUCAAAUGAGUUGUAGAAUUAAAAUAUGUCAAGUAUUUAGAGGAAGGGAAAAUCACUGUGACAGAGUAGACUGGAAAGACUUUAUAAGCAGGAGCUUGACCUGUGAAGGACAGAUAGAUAGAAUUUAUUGAGAACUUACCAAGCUCUUUACAUCUAAUUCAUAUUUGUUCUUUAUAACCCUGAGAGGCAGAUUUUUGUCUUACAUCUCCAUUUUAUAGAUGAGAAAGCUGACAGAAGUUACUUGCCCUGAGUCACACACCUAGGAAGUGGUGGAAUUAGAUUUCAGAUCUAGCCCUGUCAGACUGUAAAGACCAUCCUUUGAACUGUAAAUGGUAUAAAAGGCAUACAGAGGAAAUGCCAGGCAUCCUCAGUGGCUUAAAUACGACCUCACAGUAAACUCAGGCUAGACCAGGGAUGACACAUAAAAGUUGAUAGUUUUCAUUUGUGUUGCCAUCAGCCUCCUCUAUAAAUAAACCCAGAGUAACCACAAAUUCCCAUCUUGAGGGGUUCAACAGGGAAUAGUCUCAUAAUGGAUUUAGAGUGAAGGAUGAUUGGCAUUGUUAGGCAGGCAAGCAGAGGGCUGAGCAGUCAAAUUAAGAACAGCAUUUCAGAACAAAAGACUAGAGGGCAGAAAUGCUGUAUGUGCUGAUAGAGUCAGAGAGGGCCCGGAUCAAGAAACUGCAGGAAGAGAAAACUAGGAACCUAGAAUCGUCUAGAAAACUAGAACCUAGAAUCGUCUCAGAACACAGAGGAGGCUUGAGGACUGAGCAGACUGACAUAGAUGUACUUGGACAACACCUUACUAAGGAGCAUGUCUCUUCCCACUCGCAAUCCCUAAUACGAGAUUCACAAUGGUUCACACUGAGUCCGCAGGAAAAAUUGGCCUGGGGUACAUCAUCUAAAGAUCCUAGGAUUGCUGCAGGUCAGCAGUCUCCACUGGAAAAAAAGAUCUUGAAUCUAGGUGGUGUGCAUACAACAGCAGCAAGACAGUUGAUAAUUCAGAAAUAUCAGGAGGAGUGUGAAAUACUCUGUAGGGAGCAAGCUGUUUCUCUUGACUACUGGCUUGCCAAAGCAGAGUCUUAUUAUAAUAAAAUAAUAGUGGAAAUGAUGAAAGAAGAGACAGGCAAUGAAAUCAAGAAAAAAAUGGAGGAGAAAACAACCCAAAGCGUAGAAGGACUAAAACAGUACUAUUUGGUACCUGAGAGAGAGAUGAAACGCAUAGAAAGGCACAUAUAUCAAACAGGAAAGGCUGGAGAAUUUAAGAACAAAUCAUUUAGACAAGUACUACGACCCCUCAAUGAAACAAAAUUACCAAAAAUUAUGCCAGAAGGGCAUGGUAUCCAGAACGCACAGAGAAGAAAGCAGGUAAAUGAGAGGGAACAGAUGCAGACUAAGGAUCACCAGGAACGCAUGAUUCGAGGGAGAGAACUUACAGAGCAAAGACUCAAGGAAAGAAUCUUGAGAAGAAGCCAGAGCCAGCUACUUACAUAUGAGAAGCAUGAGAGGGUAAAGAAAGGGAUAAAGGAGUUUGAAAGAGUUAUUGCUUAUCCUCUUCUCCAACCAUGCAGUAGAAGUCGGAUUAAAGUGAAUAUUCUUAUGGAAAAGUCUCAGAAUGGAGAGAAGGAGAAUACAAUUGUGAAACCAUAUCAAAGAAAAUUCUUGGCCAUGCCACCGUUUUUAAGAAGUCAAAUAGGAAAAAUAAGAGAUUAAAGUUUCAAUGCUGUUAUGAUAAAAUCAUAUCUCUUAAGUGAACCCUUUUUUUUUUAAAUGCUCGUUCUCUCCAGGGUUCAGUGAAUAUUCCCAUUUGUAUCAGAUACAGAUAGAUAGUUCUGGACUUGAAAAUUAGCUUAACUAUUUUUAGUUAACUUGCAUUUGUUCAAGUUGCAUAUCCUUUCUAGUGUUCAGUGUCUAUCUUUAAAAUGGCAAUAACAAUAUUUGAUUGCAUUUAUGAAAGGACUAUUGUUUUUGUGAAGUGUAGGUAUGUAUUAGUUGUUUCAUAAAUUAAUUAGUUUCCCCACUUUGGAAGACCGGGGUUGGGCAAUGGUGGUGAAUAAAGAAUUAUUCUAAUCUGCUUCUCUUAUUCUCCCUGCUCCCAGCCCUCCAAGUUUAUUUUGAUGAGAUUGCUAUAGUUUAGUAUAUGGUCUUUAAUAUCAUACCUUCAUCAGAUAACUACUAGCCAGGCCGUAAAAGUGUAACUUGCCCUGUACAAUUUAUUUGUAUGAGAAACUUAAUUUUGAGAGCCUCCUACAUGCUAGGCAUUAUGUUAGUUACUGAAGGUGAAUAAAGAGAAGUCUCUGCCCUUGAAUAGUUUUCAACUAAUGGCAUAGAUCGCUCUAUAAACAGAUAAUGUAGUAAAGGUUACAAUAGAAAGAUACAGGGUGCUUUACAAAGGAUGGAUUCUAACCUGGCCCAGGUGAGCAGGGUGGAAAGGAGGAAGGUUAGGGAAGGGAGUAUUAUAGUCUCUCAUAUUUCUUCCAGCUCUUUUUGUCACUUUCUAUCACCCACUUAAGCAAGACCUUCCUAAUGCUUGGAUCCACUCAGGGAUAAUCAAACUCAGCCUUUCUCAAACUCAUGCCUUUGGCACUCAUUGAUAAAUCAGAAAGCAAAUUUAUAAAUUUAGUGAGAAUUACAGUUGUCAAGUAGAAUGAAAUUUAUGUUUUCUAGUCAGUUUAUUUUCUUCCCAGAUACCAGAAAGCUGGGAAAGCAGGGGUUCAGAGUUGGUAAGCAGAGAAGCAAAUAAAUGGAAAUAGAUGCCCUCAGGAAUAUUAUGCUUAAGUUGUGAUAAUUCUGAUGCCCACCUUGCUUUACUAGCAGAACACCCUUUACCCUGGAUACUGCUAGGUCAGCCACUGAUAGAAAUGUUCUAGGUCUGUGCUCCUCAGUACAGUAGCCGUUGCUACAUGUGGCUAUUGAGGCAUUUAAAAUGUGGCUGGUGCAGCUGUGGAAUGGAAUGUUUAAUUGAAUUUCAUUUAAAUUUAAAUUGCCACAUGUGGCAAGUGACUACCCUGUUGUACGGUGCAGCACUGGAUAAACAUAACUCCUGUGUUCUAGACUCUAGUCCCACCAUUAGCUUUCUGUUUUUGACAGUGUUUGCUGGUAUGGUAGGUCUCUGCUCAUUUUACAUUACUAUCAGUUUAGUUUCCUUUGUAUUUCAGAGGCUCCCUAAUCCCUUAAAGAGAUUUAAAAAUCAAUGUAGACCACAUCUGUGUGAAAAUAAGAUGGCUGAAUUUGCUUUGAUUGGAAUUAGGAACUGGCUUCUCUUUGCUAGUUCUGGAAUUUGGCCAGGAUGCACAUCAAAAUCUCAUUCCUACCCUCCUGAUUUGCCUCAUGGAAACUUUGUUGCUGUGUCUGUUCUCUGGUCCUCUAUUGCUAUGUCUCAGCUUUAGAUUCUGUGUUUUGCAUAGAAAUGGAUCAUCAGAAUGCAAUAGGCAGAAGACUUAGAAGUGCAAAUCAGUAGGGUAAUGACAAACCCUUUGAGCUGAGUGGGACUGAAAAGUAACCUAACACAUAAUCUAUUAGUAAUUGUUUACCAUGAAGGUUUUCAGUGCUGGACACAUAAAUUGCUGAGUUCAAUUGCCCUCUUUCCCCUCCAAAUCUAGCAUAAAAGCAACUGGUGCUCUCAGGGCAAUUUCACACCUAAUAUGACUGAGAAUAAAAGAAUAAAAGUCUAUGUUUCAGGAACUCAGUUUGUCCAAACCUGAAUCCAUCAUCUCUACCUCAAAUUAUAUCCACCUUUUCAUUUCUUUGCACUGUGUCUGCUUAAAUCUUGAGUCACACUUAAUGUUUUUUUUGGUCUUUUUUCUUUUUAAUGUGAAAUAGAAUAUACGAUACACAAUACAAUAUACAAAUGAAAAUGUAUAUUUAGAAGAACAGUAAUAAAUGUCCAGGUGCCCGUUGCUCAGAUGAGAAAUGGAACAUUACUACAUCCCAGGAGCCUCAUAUGCUCUCAUUCAUAUUUCUCUCCCCUGCAGCCAGAGGCAACCACUAUCCUGAAUUUUGUAUAACUGUCACCUAGCUUUUAUAGAUUUUACUGUCUGUGUAUCCCUAACAGUUGCUUAUUUAUAGCCUUUAUAUAAAUAGAAUUAUACUGUAUAUGACUGACUACUUUUGCUCAUUAUUAUUUUUGGAUUCAUCCAUGUUGAUGUGUGACACUGUAGUUCAUUUCCAUGACAUGAAUAUGCCACACCUUAAUUAUAUAUUCUGUUGAUGUCA